UUUCCAAGCCAGGUGCUUGACGACAGACCUCAGAGAGAGAGAGGAAGAGUGUCGCAGGAAAGAAAUAUCACUUUUUACGACUCCUGCAAACUGACUGCGGAACAUUGCUUUCACCUUUGUGGAUUUCUUUACGUGUGUGCAUCUUACAAGUAUUUUUUCCCUGUAUUGCCUGCCGCAGGUCUGAAAGAGAGUUGUAUCCGGACUUGAACGAACGCGCAUCAGUGUUUUAACUCUGGAAAAAGCAAAACGGGCGGUGGAUUUUUAUUUGAUUCUAUUUUAUUUUUGCUGUUUUCCACACUCAUAACAUCCCAGACGUGGCAUGACUGGUAUCUGGCAUCUAGACAGAUGUCAAAGCCUGCUGAUCAUAUCAAGAGACCCAUGAACGCGUUCAUGGUUUGGUCCCGGGGCCAGAGGAGAAAAAUGGCACAGGAGAACCCCAAAAUGCACAACUCUGAGAUCAGCAAAAGACUGGGCGCCGAGUGGAAGCUGCUUUCUGAGUCCGAGAAGAGACCUUACAUUGACGAGGCCAAGAGGCUGCGGGCUCAGCACAUGAAGGAGCACCCCGACUACAAGUACAGACCCAGGCGCAAACCCAAAAAUCUGCUAAAGAAGGACAGGUACGUUUUCCCUUUGCCUUACCUCGGGGACACCGAUCACUUGAAGGGACUCCCCUUGUCGGCCGAAUCUCUUUUGAGCCACUCCGAGAAAGCCAGAGCGUUCCUGCCGCCGACCGCCUCUCCGUACUCCUUCCUCGACCCGAGCCAGUUCACCUCCAGCGCCAUCCAGAAGAUGACAGAGAUGCCCCACGGCUUGAGCGCCAGCUCUUUGCCGUACGCGUCCUCUUUGGGAUACCAGAACGGCGCGUUCGGCACCCUUGGGUGCCCCAGUCAGCACACCCACACCCACCCGUCGCCCACAAACCCGGGCUAUGUUGUCCCGUGUAACUGCACGGCCUGGUCAACGUCAAGUUUACAGCCCCCGGUGGCCUACAUACUUUUUCCAGGUAUGACCAAGACUGGGCUAGACCCAUAUUCAUCCGCACAUGCCGCUGCCAUGUAACCCUCAAGACUCUUUUCUUUCUUUUUUUUAUUCACUUGAAUACUGAAAUGCAUGUAAAUAUAUUAUGGACAGCGCGCCCAUUAAAAAGGCAUGAACAGUAUUAACUGCCUUGGACUUGUUAUGGCAAAAAAAGAGAAAAAACCCAAACUUUUCCAGAAAUCCAACAAGUUCCUGACUUGAGCAAAAGGAGCUGGGAUUUGGUGUAAAGGACGGUGCCCUGUGAACUGUAAGAAAUGUAAAUGUUAUAACGUUUAUGGCAACCAGAAAAAGGAGGCCUUUAACUUUAUUUAUUGUGUACAUUUCAAUGCUGAUAUGCUGAUUUGUGUUGAUUAUUGAUAGGGUACUCUUUUAUUUUGAAAAUUUGGCUUGCACAAUUAGCAUUCUUAUUUCCUGUAUAGGCCUAAGUAGUAAGUCUACAUUUUUUGGCACUCGUAAUUUUAUGAUGUUCUGGAUUAUAGGGUCAAAAUCAGGACCUAUAGGCCGGAUUAUAUACGGGUCAUAUUGUUUAUAUUUAUCAAAAACUGGCACAUAAAACUAGACGGUCUAUUUAAGAUGACAAAAAGAAAAGAAAAGCAUUACAUCCAAAUGUUUUAUUUUGCAUUUUUCCUGUGGUUCAGUGCUAAUAUAGUCACUCGCGUCAUUUUUUGUUUUGUUUUCGUUUUUAAUAAGGAUAACUUCUAGUUGAAUUCAAGGAGUUAAAUGUGUAUUAUCAUCUAAGAUGGUAAUUUAAAACCUGUCAUGUUAUGGAAAGGAUAAUGUAUCUUGAAAGUUGAUACCUCCUGCUCUUUGUUCAAUUGCUGAGCAAAGGCAUUUCGAAAUAAAGACAAUCUGUCUU